UUGAAUUACAGAGCUAAACAGAGAUUUUGAAAAAAAAUGAGCGAGCAACAGCCGCAAGAUGAAGCUUUUAUACCCAACGCAAAACCUGGCUUUUGCUCCGCAACAUGCACCGACAAGGAGUCAACGCUCAGAGAAAUGAGAAAAGAAGAUGUGAAGACCUCAGAUUUGUAUACCACCUGCAAUCUACCGAAAAGAUUUGAACAUCCCCAUUGGUUCAACGGGUAUGGGUGUCAAGUGAGCAAGCAGCACCCAUUCUACAGAACAACUGCCAACGACUACGGAUGGUAUCCUCCAGGAUAUUACUCGGUACCACUAGUGUUCUUCCCUGCUGGCCAGAGGUUCACGAACAAGCUGUCAGCUGCCGGCAUGUAUAGAAACUACAGCCUCAACACUGGCAUGGAUCAAGUAGGCUACCACUAG